GUCACAUACGUAUAGAAAAACAAUGAGUAGCAAAGACUUGAGCGCUAGAAAAUGGAUGUGCGUGAAAGUAUCAGUCCUGAUAUGGUGUUUCAGCGUUGCCGUAAUCAUUUUUAUAGUCCAAUAUUUGCGAAUUAUCCCAACUGAAAUUAUUGAAGUUGAUGAAGAAGAGGAUGAUUUGAUUAAACGUACCCUGAAUCUUCAUAAUGUCAACGAGAAAAAGAGAGAGAAACGAGCAACAGAUUAUAAAGCAUACAAAGAAAUGGGAUGGCGGUUUACUCCAGAGGAAGCUAAGCUUGUUUUCAGUGCUUAUUAUAAAUGUAUUGAGGAAAGGAAUGCAGCAUAUUCGGAGAAAAUUCAUGUUAAAGCAAUUUUAGCAUUAGAAGGCCAAACAGUCAAAAUGACUUGUCAUUCUUGUUUCCGUCCGGAUCAAGACCCUUCCAGCUACCACAUAGAAUGGCAACAACUCAGAGCGGAACAAGGUGAACUAGACUAUGUGGAAAAUAGCAAAAGGGUAAAUAUCACACCCGACAAGAUGCUGGUUAUUCUAAAUGUUGAUGUUGUAGAUCGUGGUCAGUAUUUUUGUGUCCAAUCAAAUAUUCAAGAAUAUAUAGAAAUUUACCAACUGGAUGUAAUCGAAAGGGAAAAACGGAUAACUCUUCCAGAGAGUGACAUUAAGAAGCUUUUACCACAACAUAAAUUACCUGAUAACAACCUAAAAUUAUUUACACUAUGGUCAGAAUGGAGUGAUUGUAACCAAUGCAAUAGGCUUGGUAAAAGAAGAAAAGUAGGAAUUUGUAUGGUAAAUAAAAUUGAGAUCGAUGAACCAAUAGAACCUAUGGACAUUCCUAUGAUUAUUUUAUACCCAGAUGGAAUACCGUGCCGUUCUACAAUUUUACCACCAGGGGUUAAGAGAUUACAGGAAAUACGCGACAGAAAAAGCGAAACAAUAUUAGGCGACUGUUUCUUGAAAUGCCCUACAACACCUGCAUUUUUGACGAUAACAGAUUCCAAUGGGAAAAUUGUAGAAACAAUUGAUUCCGGAUUUUAUUCUUUAAAAAGUAAGCCUACAUUGCCACCGAUGGUCAAGAGGAAGGUAACUUAUGCAGACACUGGAAAGAGUGUUGUGUUGUUAUGUCCAAAUUCUUCAAAGAAAAACAGCUUGAUCAGAUGGCAGAAUGGAUCAAUUCCCUUUAAUCCUCUGACCAUUAAAGGACAAACACGUGGACGGGUUCAAAUAGAUACUAUCAACCGUUUGCACAUAAAGGGACUACGGAAAAGUGAUACCGCUGUUUAUAGUUGCUGGAUUCAGGCGAAAUUAGUGGGUACAGUUAAGUUGAUAAUCACUACAGGAAUUGAUCCGAAAGUUCAUCAGAUUAUAACCACAACAGGCAUUGUGUUAACCAUUAUUUGUCUUUCACUCAUUUGCAUAUGUACCCUUGGAAACAAAGCACGUAAGAAAAACGCAACAAAGUAAGAAAAAAUAGAGAUAACAACUAGCACAUUUUGUUUUGCUCCAAUAAACAUCGUUUUACCAAAAACAACAGCGGAGGCAACUGUAUGAGAGUAUGAAAGAAAAUUGAGGUGUUUGCAUUAACGAAUAACGUAAAGUUUAACUUAUUUUGAAUUGUCAGCAAUAUAUGAUUGAAGAAAAAGAAAUGCAAAGCAGACCCUACAUAGCGUUAGUCAUCACCAUAGAGGACAACAUAUUGCCAGCAGUAGAAUCUACACAACACGCAACAAUUGGAGUCAGAAUGUUUGUUUCUUACAGUCUACUUUCAAACAAACCAGGAUAACUGUAUAUGAUGGACUUAUAAAUAUAAUAACGUCUUGUUCGUUGUUUGAGAACUUUGAUGAGAGUUGCAUCUAUGCCAUCGAACUUGAAUAACACACCUUACUGAAACGAUUUGUUAAGAAUCAAUGCUGAAUAUUUAGAAACUGUCAUGCUUUCAGCAUUAUCAGGGCAACAUCUCUAGGACAUGGAUAGUAUGUGAAUUCUUGUAAACAGAACUAUGAACUUGUAUAUUCUCUCUUUUCUACCAAUGAAAAUGCGUCAUCUUCAUGCACAUUUAGGUUUUGGACCCUUUGAGAUUAACAAAUUUUUGUCCUGAAUA